AUGGCAAACGAGUCGGCCCCCAAACGCUGCGUGUCUGCAAACAACGCUCGACGGUUCGUGGCCGACGUCCUCCAGGGCAACAACGUGUCGGAGGAGAAUGCAAAGAUCAUCGCAGACUGUCUGAUUCAGGCCGACCUGCGCGGGGUCGACACUCAUGGCAUGAACCGCAUCCCGUCGUACAUGGAGCGUGUCCGACAAGGAGUGCUCGACCCCAAAGCCCGGCCUGUGUUCAGUCAGAUCACGCCCGUGGUCGGCCAAGUCGACGGUCACAAUUCUUUUGGAUUCCUGUGUGCACAUCUGGGCAUGAAGCACGCGAUCGAGAUGGCUCGCACGUACGGCAUUGGCAUGGUCAGUGUCAAGCAUUCCAACCACUUCGGUAUGUCUGCUUGGAUCGUGCAGCAGGCCAUCGACGCCGGGAUGAUGAGUCUAGUGUUUACCAACUCGAGCCCGGCGCUGCCAGUGUGGGGAGGUAAGGAGAAACUCAUGGGCGUCAGUCCCAUUGCGUGUGGGGCGCCUGCAGGACAGGCGCCCCCAUUCAUCCUGGACAUGGCACCCAGUGUUGCCGCCAGAGGCAAAAUCUACAAGGCGAAGCGCCGCGGGGAAAAAAUCCCGCUGGACUGGGCGUUGGAUAAGGAUGGGAGGCAGACCGAUGAUCCCGAGGCGGCGUUGGGAGGAGUCAUGCUGCCCAUGGGCGGGCCCAAGGGGUCGGGUCUCUCCAUCAUGAUGGACGUCUUCUCCGGGGUACUCUCUGGCAGUGCGUUUGCUGGCCAUGUAACCAAUCCGUACGACCCCAGUAAGCCUGCGGAUACGGGACAUUUUCUCAUCGCCAUCAAACCCGAUCUCUUCAUGAGCCUGGAAGACUUCAAGGCCCGUAUGGAUUAUCUGUACCAGCGGGUCGUGGGCUGUGAGAAGAUGGAGGGGGUCGAUCGGAUAUUCUUCCCGGGAGAGAUCGAACAGAGGACAGCAACGGCGAGAAUGGAGUCUGGGAUUCCUUUGGUCGAAGCAGAGAUCUCUGCACUGAAUGACGAGGCUUUGAGGGUGGGUAAACCGCAGCUUGUGCUUCUGGAGACUUCAACCUCUUAA